AUGACGGCGGAUAAAAUUCAGCUUCGCACGCUUAAGGACUGUCUCCAGUUUCUGCAGUGGCUCAAUGGCAAUAAAGGCGUGCAAGAACAGCUGGCCUACCGACUGAAAAGGCUUCUUGAUGGCAAAUACAAGACUGUUGAUCAACCACAAAUUGAAAACGCACUCACCACAUUCCUUAGCAGCGUGUCAAAGUUUCACGCUAAAUUAUGCACAAAACCACAGCCUAAAUAUACUGGCCAAAAAACCGCUAAAAAUGUCCUCAACGUUCUGCUUGACUGCAUCCCCAAACUGCUCUCCGCCCUGUACUUUCUGCGGUACCAGGUGGACCCGGGCUUUGAUGCGCUGGGAGGGGGGAAGUGGAAGGAUGAGAUGGUUGGAUGGGUUGAAAUGUACGCCCGUAUACGUCAAGGCACUGCAUCCAUGACCGGCCCAGUAGACAAAUAUCUCAUUGCUCCAUCCGGCGAUACAACGUACGGCGUAAUGCCUGGAGGCUUCGAUGCAAGUGACCUGAAAAGUGGUCAUCUGAGUGGUUACUCCCCUGCUUCUAAAAUGGUCAAAGACAUUCAAAGUAUUCUGAACAAGCAAGAUAAAGUACAAAAUUAUUUCCUCGACGUGUAUUCCACAACAGUAAUUCCAGACUCCGGCGCCGAGACUCCGAACGUCGCCAACGCUCUUCGCUUGGUGGAAGAUUUCUGUAGGAUAUUUGGAGGCUUAAAGAGUGAUGAAGAGUUUAAGAGUCAUUUGUAUAGGAAGAAUAGAUGCAUCCAGUGGAAUGAAUUAAGAGAUCAUUGCAACAAACUUAAGACGUCUCUCGGCAAAAUAUUCUCCAAGGACCGCUUUUCCUUCACAGGCUAUGCGCGGCAAGACCAUUUCCUUAAACACCAAGAUAUCGCCAAGAAGAUGGCCAGUUGGUUUCAACAGCAUUUGGGUAAAGUGAAAGAGAACGUGACGAAAAUUCAGAAUUUUAGUACUGUAAAGUUCACGAAGCCGAAGAGAGGUGCCCUGAAGCAAGUUGAUAUAACAGCUCUUCAAAAUUAUUUCAUCAACAACUUUAUUCGCUACGGAUUCACGUUUUAUUCUAACAGCUAUACUACACAAAAUGCCCCGUAUGAACUUUUGCAAAAGGAGUGGGACACUGCAAUUAGUGAGCUUAAAAGCAGCGGUGGCGGUUUGCAGAGGCUUGUUGACAUUCUGAAUGGUGAGAAGUGUAAAGCAGAAGAGCAAGAAAGGCAACAGAGGCAAGAUAAAAAUCAAGAAAAUGUGGAUGACCAAGAUGAAGAGGAAGAUGAGGAGCCGGAGGAUGAAGAGUUGCUGGACAGUGGAAAGACUGUUAAAAUUCCCAAACCAAAACCCCCAAAGCCUGUGGUCACCAAGGCCGAGGCGGCGAAGCCGACUGCCAGUAAAGUUGAAGGAACUUCAAACCAAGGCAAGAAAAGUGAGGGAGCACAGAACCAGGGGAAGAAGGCGGAGGGAGCACGGAACCAGGGCAAGAAAAGUGAGGGAGCACAGAACCAGGGGAAGAAGGCGGAGGGAGCACAGAACCAGGGGAAGAAAAGUGAGGGAGCACAGAACCAAGGCAAGAAAGCUGAUGGAGCACAGAACCAGGGGAAGAAGGCGGAGGGAGCACAGAACCAGGGGAAGAAGACGGAGGGAGCCCAGAACCAGGGGAAGAAAAGUGAGGGAGCACAGAACCAGGGCAAGAAAGCGGAGGGAGCACAGAACCAAGGCAAGUCUCUUGGCACUACAACUCCUUUGUCUCCAAAUCAGAGUAACGGUCAAAGUGCAGAUACGUCUUCAGGUUCACCAGUUGUAAAGUCUGAUGCUCCACCUCCGUCUUCCGGUGAUACGAGAGCUCCAGGCCCGGCAGGGUCUACUGGUCCAGUGACCCCGGCGUCUUCUUCGACUCAAGAUACAUCAAGUAAUCAAGGUGUUAAAGUUCAAACUCCUAGUCAACCUCCACAUCAACUCCCUCCAGGGCCUCCCUCUCCACCGCCUACUCCCCCUCAAGUCCCUGCGAUCACUCAGCGUCCGAAUGUUUCAGGUCCAGGCCCUGGGUCAACUGUCGAUCAGGGGAUUGGGCAAGAUGCUGGGAAAGUUGUUACUCAACUAAUAAGUCAACCCUCCGAUCCUAGUCCAAGCAGCGUCAGUACUGCGCCGGCUGACACGGCGCCUGGUGGAGGUGGGAGUGGGGAGACUAACAAGAAUUGCUCCAAUGGCAAGCCACCCGUGUACCUUGGGUUCGACAGCGGCACGACAAAAUACUGUCCCCGAGAUGGUAAGACAUGGGAUUUUACUGCACGAAGGAAAAUGCACGACGAGUGGGAUGAAAAGGUAAAAGAAGCUGAAGACGAGCGUAAACGUCGGAGGGAAGAGAGACUCAGACAGCAAAAGGAGGCAGAGGAACGCAAGAAGCAGAAGGACAUUGCAACUCAGCACCCUAUUAUCCCUGCGGUUCAAUACAAUCCGCCGCCUCCCACAUAUGGAGUUCAUCAGAGCAGGCCGCAGACUUUGUCUUCAAUUCGAGAUGAUGAUGUGCCCGUAAUUGACGGAUUUAAAUCCAUGCCUCCGGAUCCGAGAGAUACGUCGCUGGACGGCGUAGGCGUGUAUGAGUUUGGACAAGAUGUAUUCAGUGUUAGAGGCGUUGAGGUGGCCGACGUUGUCCAGUCGCCAGCGCCCGAUUCUGAUAUGCCUUCAGCGUCACCGCUUGACGGUGAAGCGGUGAGUGACCUGGAAGAUGACUUACUAUAUAAAUUACAAGACCAACAGGAACGUUUAUUUGAUGCAAAGCAAAAGGAAGACAAUCAUUUCAAUAAAAUACAGGAAAGAAUUUUACAAGAGAUUCAUAAUAAAGCGGCCAUGGAAAUCGAUAGAUAUCAGAAGGAGGCUGAAGCAAAGGUGGUAGAUCAAAAAAUGCUUCAGACAGCUCUCCUUCGCGGAGCAAACGUGGACAUCUCUCAUCCAAAGCGUGCAACUGAUGCCAAAGAAGAUUAUAUCGACGUAGAUGUCUAUGUCCCCAAACGCAGACUACCAGACAUCGAUCUUGACUUUGAUUUGGACUUCGAUGAUGACUCGACGUAUAUUAGGAAUGACACAGUACCCCCGCCUCCGGAUCCGUACAUACCUAAAAUCUCAUUUAGUCUUCCACCGCCAGAAGCCGAGCAGUAUCUCCCUACUACAGAGAAGCCAAAGAUAAACACAGUCGUAUUACAAGACAACUGCCCUGUUCCUUGGCUCACCCAGAAAACCGCGCAUGACUCUACCGAUAUCCCCGAGACGGAACUGUUCCCUGCCGAGGCACCGCGUACAGUCAAGGAGAUGCUCACUUGGAUCGCAGGACUGCAACACAAAAAGCACCAAGAGACUAUGAAACAGUGUAUUGAGAAAGCUUUCAAGCGCGGAGAUAAUGACCCCUCAGAUCUCCGACUCUUGGUCAACGAUUCUAGCAUUACCGCCAAAGAUGUCAUCGACACCAUCCACCUUGCCGCCGUGUUCGCAGCCUCAGUGCUCACCGCCGUUGCGCCUGAGUGGAAAGGUAACAUCGCAUUAUCGGCAACAUUAAAACGUAAGGACCCGGACCAAUCCAAGGACUCUGAUUGCUGCGCCCUCCUCUGCCAGCUGCAGGACUACGUCUACGCCUGCUAUCACCAGCUGGCGUUCCUGAGGUCACAGUCUUCUCGAGUCUCUCAGCAAGGCGGUUGGCAGGAUUGUCAGUACGGCAGUGACAUCAAGCUGCCAUCUCCUCUCCAGGCCUUUCUGAUUGACGCCCCCGACUCCAAGUUCAAGACUCACCCCUUCGACCCGUGCAACAUCUGCCGCAAGAGCCGCGUCAACAUGGGAUUCAGUAAGGAGGAUUUGCCUACGAAAUCACAGAACGGCGAAUAUAUUUUCACCAUCCUCACUCCCACCUGCGGCGGCGAGGAUCCCCUGCUGAGAUUGGCCUCCUACCUCACCUGCCUCACCAGGCGGACGCCGCGCACCACCGGGGAGCUUGUUUCUUUCUUCCACAAUUUCGGGAAUGAGCUUCAUGAUGCGCCUUCAAGAUUGUCUCCACUGGGUUCCGCCCUUUUCAGUCGACAUGACGACUGCCCGAAGUGGGACCGCCUUAAGGCCGCCGACCUCCAUGUCAUCAAGGACGCCCGGGGCCCCGCACCUCACACCUUCAACUCCAUCCACGACCAAAACCAUGCCAAGACUCUAUCAGCACUGAUUCCUUGCGCCAUCAAUAGUCUCAACUGCCCACAACACUUAUCGCCCAUCACCUACCGGGCCUACGCCCUGUACUCUUCCAGCUUCGCCCACCACUACCUCAGCUGGACGGUAUACCUGGCAGACAGACUGUGGGAGUCACUGCUCAAGCUGCUAUACGAUCUCGAGGGCCUUCAAUGUCACGACUUCAAACCCAUCCAACAGUGUGCCAAUGCUCUGCCACUCCUCUACUCACACGGGUUCACGCCGCCGGGGGGUGCGUCGCAGUCGUCACUCACGUGUUCCGAGGUUGUCGCCAAGCUGGAGGAAGUGGUCUCCGGAGAGCCUAUCGCAAGCCUCAUGACCGCCAUGGACGCAUUCCUCUAUCGCAUCCGCAUGCCAUUCCUCUACACCAUCAUAGCGCUCUGGCUCACCGCCACGCUCUACAUCGCCCACUCGCUACUCUACCGCAUGGACGUCCUCCGCAUUCGCUCGCACCUCACCACCACCAGGGCCUCACACCUCAUCGACGUCAAGGCCUUACUCGCCGGCAGCCGCAGGAUGCUCUCACUCUACAAGGACGUCGACUACUUCGACGAUGACUUUCACUCAUGA